GAAGAUCCAGAUCUCACAAAGGGGACACCAAGAGCUGCGAGCGAGGCUGUUCAUCUUCCCUUCCAAGAGCAAUCGAGCGUCCGAGCGCCCAUCAUCCGAGCCUGCCUUGCCCGUCAUCCCGUCAAAUGGCUUUUUAAUUCAAGCACCACCUCACGCUUUUUGGCUUCAGUCUGUCACAGCGCUUCUUCCAAAGCGUGGUCUUUGCAGACGAGCUGUCACGACUGCACCAAGAGGGGCAGCCGUGUCUGUUCCUGGUCCUCUGUGAAUCCGCCAACUAGCGGCUAGUUGGGGCUCAAGAUGGCAUCGACACUAGUCCUGAGCUCAAGCUCGAGGUCGAAACUGCAGCCGCACGUGAUGACUUGCUGUCUGGUUCAAGUGGGCGUUCAAAGGAGCAGAGGCCCGAUCCGGUCCUUCCGGACCACCUCCAUCCGCUUCGACGCGGGCUCCGGCAAGAGGAGUCCGCUGGAUGCCGAACAUCAGGCAAACACUGUGCGAGGGGACAGAGCGGCGAGAGAAAGAGCGCGAUUGCUCAAAGAAGGACAUACACCGCCGCCAGAGCUUGCAUCGGAAGUAGGCACUGAGCAGAGCGGUAGAUCUGGAGCAGGACCCAGAGGCGGCAGCGGUAACGGCAAUGGCAACGAGGGUCUGUUUGGUCGGACAGCGCGAGCAUGGAGAUCCACACCCCUGAUCUGGAAGCCCAUACCAAUCCUGCUCGGUGGUGGGGUCUUGCUGCUAGUCCAAGCUCGCCGCAACUAUCUUGCGGAUCAGGAAGCGCGUCGCAGCAAAGUGGUGGAUGGCGAAGGACGCAUCGUCUCCAUGUCUGGUCCGUGGACAGUCUACGUGCUCGGCGCCCUGCCUCUCAAUGCGAUCAGUCGAGCUUGGGGAUGGGCCAACAACAUCACCCUGCCCGUCUGGUUCAGGCCUUUUGGCUUCAGACUCUACUCGCGCAUCUUUGGCUGCAAUCUGGACGAGAUGCAGGACCCAGACUUGACCCACUACAAGUCCUUAGGAGAGUUCUUUUACAGAGAACUCAAAGAUGGGGUCAGAACGAUUGAAGAGGCACCGGUAGUGUCUCCUGCGGACGGCACAGUCCUACAUUUUGGCACGAUUCAAGGGCGUCGCGUCGAGCAGGUCAAGGGCAUCACCUAUUCUCUCGAUGCUCUUCUCGGCACUUCAUCCGAGCCGCAAGCGAGAGAUGAUUUUGUUGGAGGACCCUCGCAAGAUGGUCAAGGGCAAUCUAGCGACGAGAGGAGGUUUGCCGACAUCAAUGGGAUAGCCUACUCCCUUGAUCGGUUGCUAGGCAACGAGCAGCUGGAUGCGGACGGCAAAAGGCGAAAGUCUCGCUGGAUAUUUGGCCCUCUCGCUAGCUUGACCUGGUGGAAGAGCUGGGUGGGAGGAGGAGGAGCAGGCAAGAGGUCAUCCGAGAAAAAUGCGCAUUCAGCCCAGGCGCCUCUGGCUGACAGGCCCGAGCAAAUCCCUUCACGUCGAGAGGAUGGCGAGUCGUUCAACGGCAGCCCUUUCACGCUUUCGGGUCCAGAGGAAGAGGCAGGCAUACCCACGUCGGACACGCCAGAAAUCUUGGGCAGGUAUGCCAACGUAGCGUACGAAAUGGGUGGCGGCGCACUACCUCCCAUUCUGCAGAGACAUAGCCCGGGACACGAUGGCAUUGCGCAGGGAAACAAAUUGUUCUUCGCCGUCGUCUACCUCGCGCCUGGGGACUACCAUCACUUUCACAGCCCCACUGCUUGGGUGGUCGAGCGCCGAAGACAUUUCCGAGGAGAACUGUACUCCGUCUCUCCGUAUGUCGCUUCGCGACUGUCUAACCUCUUUGUUCUCAACGAGCGAGUAGCGAUGCUUGGGAGGUGGAGGCACGGUUUCUUUGGCAUGAUUCCUGUCGGCGCAACGAACGUAGGCAGCAUCGUCGUCUCCUUCGACAAAGCGCUGCGCACAAACGUCCGCGACCAAAGAGCUCUGGCAGGCACCUACUCUGAGGCUUCGUAUUCUUCCGCUUCCAGAUUGCUGGGAGGACAACCUCUGCUACCAGGACAAGAAAUGGGCGGCUUCAGGCUGGGAUCGACGGUCGUGCUGGUGUUCGAAGCACCAGAAGAGUUUGCCUUUACCAUUACUCCUGGCCAGAAGAUCAAGCUGGGUGCUGCGCUAGGAGACUUCACCCCGCGAUAGAUGGUGGGGUAUGAUCUAGUUCGAACGCAUUCAAACACGCUGCAACUCCAGAAAGCGAGAUGUAUGGCAAUGCACCUCGCGCCGAAAUAUUGGUACGACGCAAAGGCAAAUGUAAUCUGGUUCGUCUCAAUGCAUGCAUGCAAGUGGUGAAGGUGGC